AUUACAAAGCACCGCAAACAAAAACAACAUAUUUUUAUUAAAAAAAACUCCCGACCAAAUGUCUCCAUCUGCCGUCAAAGCUUCAUACUGGUUCUCGGCUACUGAUAUCGACUCAUCUCUGAUUCAGGAUGGAGCGUACACUGUUCCAAGUCAGGAAAAAGACUCUAAAGGAACAUUGAGCAUGGUUGAAGAUACAAAUAACAACAUGGCCUUUGCAUUUCAGACCGGACCGAGAAACUCCUACCCAACUCGUGAGAACAGGGAUAAAAUGCUAUGUGCAAGUUGUGGCCGCACUGGUCAUUUGGCUGAGAAUUGCUUAUAUGUCCGGUCUUGACAACAAACUGGCUAAAGCCAAAGCUUAUUAUUGCCACCAAUCUAUUAUUUAUUUCUUACAUAUUUUUACGUAUCUCAAGGGCUACCAAAUUUGUUGCUUUUUGGUUUUCACUAAAGAAUUAUUGUCUAA